AUGAGUACACCAAAACAAGACAAGACGGUGGCACCCAAGAUCACCUCUAGAUUAGUCCAAGAGGCUAUUCGUGAGAGAGACAAAAACAUCAGCCGCCCCGGGGGCCUCAUCAAGAAGAAGGAUGACCCAGUCGAUGACCUCGUUAGAUUGACGGCUGCAAGCAUCGGAUUCGUCUCCGAAGCCAUCCACUACCGACGACAGAAGAAGGAAGCGAAAAAGAAACAGAAUGCGCCUGUGACCCGACAGCCAGAUGAAGUUCCCAUCGCCGCACAGCUGAAUGAGGCCAUUUGGGAGCUGGACGCUGUCGGCCAAGAAGCGGUACGGGAGGAACGCCCGCAGUCCCCCAAGGAGCUCGAUGUGUCUACAGAACCCAAGGAGCCUCACGAGCCCGAAGAGUCCAAGGUGCGCAAUAAGCUGCAGAAGCCAAAGCCGGAGGAACCAAAGGAACCAAAAGAGCCCAAAGACGUCGCCAAGGCUUUUCUUCAGAGACACCCCUUUGAGUGCCAAACAGAAACCAACACGAAACUCGCGUUGCCCGUCAUCCUACCUCAGCGACGCCCGAAGGAUAGAGGUCGCGGGUUUGUGCGAGCGUAUGCCCCAGUACUGGCAGACGUUGGUAUCGACCAAGAAACAUUUCUUGACCUGAUCGAUUCGUUCAACAAGUCCUUGGAGCCGAACCCAUAUCUCUAUGCCAUCAACUUGACUGGUCUUGCCAGCAUGGCUGCUCCCGAGCCCUUUUCGAUGUUCAUUGGUGCCAGUAUCGACGUGUUGAGUUUCAUGACGGUCGAGGCGCACAGUCGAUUCAAGUCAAACAAAUUCUUGGACCAUGUCAACGCAGAGUUCUUUGCUCCGCGUGGUCUUGUGUGUCUCGUCGUGACCUGGAGCCCCAACACCAACGACGACGAGCUUGUAUCUGCGGUCGCCUUGGAUGGCCGGCCGGUUGAGUCGCCACCUUUAACUCAACAGAUGAAGGACAUAGUGAUGCAGAAAGCCUCGGGCAAGGAAAGCUUGGAGAAGUUCAAGUACCAGUUUCAAGACAACAUGAAGCCAUCCAAAGGCACUGUUUCUUGGCCUGAACCAGCACCACUCACCUUUCCGUCACUGGACGAGAUUUCCAAAGGCAGAGAAAGCGAGGCGAAGAAGAAAAAGAAACUUGACAAUGCAGAGAAGUGGCUCGAUGAGUACAUGGAUAGGCGUGGGCAGGCCAAGUGGAUCAGGAAGAAUCCAGAUCACUCAGUGGCCAACAUGCUACCCAAACCCGAGUUUCGGUCGCGGUAUGCCGAUCCGAAUCAUCCGGCUUCUAGUGGUGAUAUCGUGGCCUUGCUCACUGGUGGUCGUUGGAAGUAUGGGCGUGCGAAACCUGCUGAGGCAGAGAGCAGUGCUAGCAAGGCAGACUCUGAUCGAGAUUCAGAUAGCGAAAAGGAACAGAAGAAGCAAGAGAAGAAGAGAGAGAAGAAGAAACAGACUGAUGAUUCGAGUGAUGAUGAGGAAAAAGAUCAGCGUGCAUCAAAAGACGAGGACAAGAUUUCUUCUGGUGGAUGGGGACAGCUGUUUCAGAGCAAUGUAUUAUACCUUGUCAUCGCGAAUCUUCCUCGCAAGGAAGAGCCAGCGGAAGUUGACAGUUCCGUGGUCGCGGAACUUCCAUCUUGA